AUGUGGAUCGGAUAUAAGAUCUUAAUCUUUUCCUAUCUUAUCACAGAAAUUUGGAUGGAGAAACAGUAUUUAUCUCAAACAGAAGGAACCAAUUUCAAUAGGAAUCACACCAUUUUGGAAAGUUCUCGAUUCAAAAGAUCCACUUUCAAAGGACAAUACUGUAGAAGUUUUGGUUGUUGUGAAGACAGAGAUGAUGACUGUGCCACUCGGUUCCAUGAGGCAAAUGCAGUGUGUUACUGUGAUAAAUUCUGUGAAAGGGAAAAUUCUGAUUGCUGUCCUGAUUACAAGUCAUUUUGCCAGGAAGAGAAAGAAUGGCCUCCUCACACAAAGCCUUGGUAUCCAGAAGGUUGUCUCAGAGAUGGCCAACCUUAUGAAGAAGGAUCAGUAAUUAAGGAAAACUGCAAUUCCUGCACAUGCUCAGGACAGCAAUGGAAAUGUUCCCAGCUCAUAUGCCUUGUUCAACCAGAACUAAUUGAACGUGUCAAUAAAGGAGACUAUGGAUGGACAGCCCAGAACUACAGCCAAUUCUGGGGAAUGACUUUAGAAGAAGGCUUUAAGUACCGUCUUGGCACCCUGCCACCCAGUCCCACACUUCUGAGUAUGAAUGAAGUGACAGCCUCUUUACCUGCAACAACUGAUCUUCCAGAGUUUUUCAUUGCUUCUUAUAAAUGGCCUGGGUGGACUCAUGGCCCAUUGGAUCAAAAAAAUUGUGCUGCAUCAUGGGCAUUUUCUACUGCAAGUGUGGCAGCUGAUCGAAUAGCAAUUCAGUCCAAAGGUCGAUACACAGCUAAUCUAUCCCCUCAGAAUUUGAUCUCUUGCUGUGCCAAGAACCGUCAUGGAUGCAAUAGUGGAAGCAUCGAUAGGGCUUGGUGGUUCCUGAGAAAACGUGGACUGGUAUCCCAUGCAUGCUAUCCACUAUUCAAGAACCAAAAUGCUACCAAUUAUGGUUGUGCCAUGGCGAGUAGGUCUGAUGGGCGGGGAAAACGGCAUGCCACAAAGCCAUGUCCCAACAACAUCGAGAAAUCAAACAGGAUCUACCAGUGUUCUCCCCCAUACAGAGUCUCUUCCAAUGAAACUGAGAUAAUGAGAGAAAUCAUGCAAAAUGGACCAGUUCAAGCCAUAAUGCAAGUCCAUGAGGAUUUCUUCCAUUAUAAAACAGGGAUAUAUAGACAUAUUACCAAAAAUCCCAAUGAAGAAUCAGGACAAUAUCGAAAGCUACAGACACAUGCCAUCAAACUGACUGGGUGGGGCACACUGAAAGGGGCACAGGGACAGAAAGAAAAAUUCUGGAUUGCUGCCAAUUCCUGGGGAAAGGCAUGGGGAGAGAAUGGCUAUUUCAGGAUUCUUCGAGGAGUAAAUGAAUCUGACAUUGAAAAGUUGAUUAUCGCAGCUUGGGGCCAACUGACAAGUUCAGAUGAACCAUAACAUAUCAUUGAAUUUCCAUAAGGCCAUGCACUUAAGUAACCCUUUAAAUUGAAAUUAAGCAAAAUGAGGUUCUCUGUGACAGUGGCAUCUUUGUCUCUUCACAUUGUUAUUAUAAUGUGCCUGUUUUCUUGUUUCACCCUGGGCUCCCUGCUUCUGCUUCCUUUAUAUCACUGAGUA